AUGGAAAAAGAAGAGUUAAGAAAAUGUUGCCAUGAUCUACAAAACGGUCUAACUGAUGGUGAAUUAAAAGAUAUAGAUGGUUAUGAACUGUAUGAAGAAUUACUUAUUUUUUGUACUAUAAUUUCUGAAGAAACGACAGCUUUUCAAGCUCUUUCAAUACUAAAAAAAUGUUGUGGUUCUUUUCCAAAUAUUUCGAUAGCACUCCGAAUAAUACUCUCAAUUCCUUGUAAACUUACAAGCUUAGCUACUCUAUCGAUUGAACAACAAAUUACCGACUCUUUAGAUUUUAGUGAGCUGAUUGCAAUUUUUGCUGCAGCCAAAGCUAGAAAAAAACAAUUUUGA